AUUCAACUCCGGUCUCUUCUUCCUACGUCUCCCUGAUUUCCUUCCAUCCUUGAUCUCUGCAACCGGGAAACCCUCAAAUCUUAUCUAAAUCGAUUUCAAUGGAGACUGUUCACUUCAAUGGGAUGAUUGCGGCUCUCUUUGUGUCUCUCUGUCUUCUCGCUCCGUUGACACAAGCCACCGACGUUCAAUACUGCGACAAGAAGGCUGACUAUAGUGUAAAGGUCAAAGGAGUUGAGAUAUCGCCUUAUCCGGUGGCAAGAGGCAAACCUGCUACCUUCAGUAUCUCUGCUGUUGCAGAUGGUGCUAUCACUGGGGGAAAAUUGGUGAUUGAUGUUGCUUACUUUGGAUGGCAUAUUCACAGUGAGACCCAUGACCUUUGUGCUGAGACAUCUUGCCCUGUCACAACUGGUGACUUUGUGGUUGCUCACUCGCAAGUUUUACCAGGAUUCACACCACCUGGUUCAUACUCUUUGACAAUGAAGAUGUAUGAUGCAGACAAGAAUGAGUUGACAUGCAUUGGCUUCGGUUUUGACAUUGGAUUUGCAUCGUCUGUGGCUGAUAGUUGAGCAUCUGGUGAUUAGUUUUUCCGAGUUAUCCACCACAGUCAUAUUAGUAUCAUGUAAAUAAUAAUCUACAAUGCGUGUUGCUUAAUGCAUGAGUACCAGUGAUUCCUAGAGCUCACAGUUCUCAAACUUUGAUUUGUUAAAGCCGUCAUGUUGCAUAAUGCGAAUGACAUAAUACAACUGCAGAAAGCUGUCUUGUCAUUUAAAUAGACUAUUGUCAAUUUCAGGGCAUUAUUUAUGUUUCCUCUUCUCACUUUAUGAGUUUUUCUGUAUGUUUGUGGGAACAUGAAUUGUAUCACUUUUCAUGUUAUUUUAUUUGAAGCCAGGGAUUAUGAAUUUUAGGAUGAGUUUUAUCAAUAGGGAUCCUUUGGUUGGGUUCUUUAACCAGAGGAGUUCCAAGCAGCCAAAAAAGAACCAUAGGAGUUCUUAACCAGCUGAAAAAGAACCAUAGUCGUAGCUUCUGCUUCAUGGAAUUGAAGGGACCUAGGUUCACCUUAGCAUUGACAGUGCGUGCGACUUGACUCUAGAGUCUUCAUCUCUCAAACGUGUCUUUCAACUAGGUCACUCCGGUGGGUAAGGUGAUCGGGAGACUGCUGCAAAUUUUGCUGUGGUUGGCAUCUUGCUGUUGCCGGUUGGUUUUUAGUUGAUGUAGAAGUUGUUUUGGAACGUCAAAGAAAGAGAAAGUUCAAUAUGAGCUUUUUGCACACUAGGCAGUCGGUACUAACUGAUGACACCCUCCCACUUUGUUCCCCUAUCUUACACUGGUUACUUCUACCUCUAUUUUCCCUUGUUUUCACUGCCUGAGAGCUAGAAACCAGAAUAUGCUGCAACAAUUAAAUGUAAAUCCAAGAC